GGCAGAUGAGGAAUGCGGGCAGUAGCUCAGAUGGAACAGAAGACUCCGAUUUCUCUACUGAUCCUGAGCAUACGGACAGCUCUGAAAGCGAUGGCACAUCACGACGAUCCGCCCGUGUGACCCGUUCCUCAGCCAGACUCAGUCAAAGCUCUCAAGAUUCCAGCCCGGUUCGUAAUCCGCCAUCGUUUGGAGCAGAAGAGCCUGUCUAUUCUACAAGGAGAGUAACCCGCAGCCAACAGCAGCCUACUCCUGUGACUCCGAAGAAAUACCCGCUCCGGCAGACUCGCUCCUCUGGGUCAGAGACUGAGCAAGUGGUUGACUUUUCCGAUAGAGACACUAAAAAUGCAGCGGAUCACGAUGAGUCUCCACCUCGUACCCCCACCGGGAAUGCCCCUUCCUCAGAGUCUGAUAUUGAUAUCUCCAGUCCAAAUGUAUCCCAUGAUGAGAGCAUUGCCAAGGACAUGUCCAUGAAGGAUUCUGGAAGUGACCUGUCUCACCGCCCUAAGCGCCGCCGCUUCCAUGAAAGCUACAAUUUCAACAUGAAAUGUCCCACUCCUGGUUGUAACUCUUUAGGGCACCUAACUGGAAAACACGAGCGACACUUCUCCAUAUCGGGAUGCCCACUGUAUCAUAAUCUCUCAGCAGAUGAGUGCAAGGUGCGAGCGCAGAGCCGGGAUAAGCAGAUUGAGGAGAGGAUGCUGGCCCAUCGGCAGGACGACAACAACAGGCAUGCCACCAGACACCAGGCACCAACAGAGAGGCAGCUGCGAUACAAAGAGAAAGUAGCUGAGCUCAGGAAGAAGAGGAACUCGGGACUGAGCAAGGAACAAAAAGAAAAAUAUAUGGAGCACAGACAAACCUAUGGCAAUACUCGGGAACCUCUGCUUGAAAACCUGACGAGCGAGUAUGACCUUGAGCUUUUCCGAAGAGCGCAAGCACGGGCGUCUGAGGACCUGUUGCAGGUGACUGUGGAAUGGGGUUCAAAACCUCGUCUUGCUGAGGCUUCUGUAGGUGCUUUCCAAAGCUACUUCCCAUCUCCAGAGAUGGACCAAAAGGAAAAGUUGCGACUCCAGGGCCAAAUUACAGAAGGCAGCAAUAUGAUUAAAACAAUCGCUUUUGGCCGUUAUGAGCUGGAUACCUGGUAUCAUUCUCCCUACCCAGAGGAGUAUGCUCGUCUGGGGCGUCUCUACAUGUGCGAGUUCUGUCUCAAAUAUAUGAAGAGCCAGACCAUACUGCGCAGACACAUGGCUAAAUGUGUUUGGAAACAUCCACCGGGUGAUGAAAUCUACCGCAAAGGCUCCAUUUCGGUGUUUGAAGUGGAUGGGAAAAAGAACAAGAUCUACUGUCAAAACCUGUGUCUGCUGGCAAAACUUUUCUUGGACCAUAAAACACUGUAUUAUGAUGUUGAACCUUUCCUCUUCUAUGUCAUGACAGAAGCUGACAACACCGGCUGUCACCUGAUAGGAUAUUUCUCCAAGGAGAAGAAUUCUUUUCUCAACUACAAUGUUUCUUGUAUCCUGACAAUGCCUCAGUACAUGAGGCAAGGCUACGGCAAAAUGCUCAUUGACUUCAGCUAUUUGCUUUCUAAAGUAGAAGAAAAAGUUGGCUCUCCAGAACGCCCUCUGUCUGAUUUAGGUCUCAUCAGCUACCGUAGUUACUGGAAGGAAGUUCUCCUUCGCUACCUGCAUAAUUUCCAAGGAAAAGAGAUCUCUAUAAAAGAAAUCAGCCAGGAGACUGCAGUAAACCCUGUCGACAUUGUCAGCACGUUGCAGGCACUUCAGAUGCUCAAGUACUGGAAGGGAAAACACCUGGUCCUGAAAAGACAGGAUCUGAUUGAUGAAUGGAUAGCCAAAGAGGCAAAAAGAUCCAACAGCAAUAAGAUAAUGGAUCCCAGCUGUUUGAAAUGGACCCCUCCUAAGGGAACUUAACUGUCUAUCACUCCUGAAGCCAGUGAACCCCAGCAGUAGGAACUACCCUAGGGAUCUCUGUUGUAUCUGUUGCUGUUGUGAUUGGCUGGUACAGUACCCUCACGAAAGAUCAGUUCCCCUUGGUACUGUUCUGGCCCAGAUCUUUUGUGCACACCACAGACGCUAGUUCUGAGGAACUUUAUGUUUCGGCCUCAAUGAGGUUGCAAGGAUUGGAUCUGUAUAGGACCCAAACGAAGCUCCUAGCAGCACUGGCCCAAGGAGUUCUGAUAUCUGGUACUGUACCUGUCCAGUCACUGGUCUUACCCUCAUGUUCUUAUUCUGAUGAGGUUGUGUUGUGUCCUAUAAUCUGGUUGUUUCUUCCUUCAGGUUCCUUGCGUUCUAAGUAAUGGAGGUAACUUCUGUGGCUUUUGAACAAGGUCUAAUAGCGCUUGUUUGGGGAAAGUCUGGUUUUCCAACAAGCUGCAGUUACACUGACUUCAGCAUUUUUAACCAGUCCUGUCUGAUGGACCAUUCGUUCCAUGUAUCAGAUAGUUCCAGUAAGAUAACAUGCCACCUCUUUCAGCAGUGUUUUCCACAUAAUAUAGCAGGUCUUCGCAUAGUUAAUAUUGUACAGUCAGAAGCUUGCGUAUCUUGUAUCUGAGUGGUGUGAUUGUUAGUGUUACCCUGGAGGAGUCAAGGCGAGGUGUGAGAACAUCACGGUCUGAGGUGUUUCGUAGAGUUGCUCUUGGUGUAUGCUCCCGGAGCUACUGCAGUGCCACGGCGGUUGGAGAGACCUCUUUGAUUGUAAGUUGCUGUUUUUUCCUGUUUUAUCUCUUGGAGUUUGUGGGUUCCUUUACACAGAAACAGCCUGUUCAGUAUAUUUCACUGGAGAUGUUUUUCCCAGAGCAGUCUUCCUUGAAUUGUAGGUCUCUAUUGGAGAGGAUUUUUUUUCUUCUAGACUGAAGAAAUAAAAACUUCAGACAGACUUUAGCUAGCCUUGUCCAAACAGCCACAGAAACUCCACCAUGCAAAUAUCGUCCGUUGUUGGAUUGCCUACAGUGUACGUUCUGUGCGUCACCGGCAGCUCCACUUAGCUGUGUGGAUGGUUUGCUUCUCUGACAGUGCAUCCUUGUUUGUCUUUGUAAAACAGAAAAGCUUUGACUUCCUCUCUCCCAUCAGCACCACCGGAAGAAACUAUUGUACAAUGGCUUUCAAGUAUAACCACUGUCCUUGUGCCACAAGUUUCCUUUAUGGCUCCAGUGUGAUUAAAAGGGGGGACAAUCUUGGGGUGGACAAUGGCAGCAUCACAUAGUGCCGACUUCAUUGAAACCUUCCAAUGCUUUUGUAUUGAACGGUGUCUGAAACGAAGCACUCCCGGUGUACCAGUAGGUAGGAGCCGUCUCCCGUUAACCACUGACCCAUCCUAAUGUGGAAAAGUUCUCUAUUGCUCUUCUGAUGGUUGUCUGCCUUUCUCUGCCUCCUUAAAAAAAAGAAACAGAAAAAAGAUCAUCAGUACAUGGUGUAUACCUUGCGGGCAUUACUGAAUUUUGCUGUCUCAUGCCCUUUGCUCCUGUAUUGUAACUAACUGCAGAUACUCAUGAAACUAUCCAACGAAGUAGAUCUCGCGUGGAGUAGGGAAGAAGGCCAUUCUUGUGCAGAAGCUAAACCCUGUUCCCAUGAUGUGGUAGAAUGUGCUAUUCUUGUAUCUACUUCUCAAUAAAGCAUGUUCUCUGCUCAA